UUUACAGGAAUUAAUGUUGCAGCUGCAAGGUAGGAAUACAGUGCACAGUGAAAUGUCAUCCUCCACCAGGAGAGUAGCUGUGAAAUACAGGGCCACCAGGACUUUCAGUUACUGCUCAGAAACUAUGUAGAGGUGUGGUUUGAAAGUGGUGUGAAUCACCUCCAUUUUUUGUCUUCUGUGUGGAAGAAACGUUCUUGAGACUUUUUCUUCUAGCUCAAACCCCUCUUUUUGGACAAAUUGCCUUUUUUUUUUAAAUACUCAAGGCUUCUCUGGAAGUUCCCUUGGAUAAUAUAGAAAUGAACUUUUGGUUUUUGCUUCCAGCAGUACUUUCCUUAAUAUCCUUCUUCGGAACAUGGACAGUGUAUGGCCUAGCUCUGGCAAAUCGCCAUGUGUGCCCACUUGACAACUGGCAAUACACAAAUUCCUGUUCUCUGAACAGUACAGAAAGAUGCUGCACGAUACGACAUAUUCCAUUCAUAAGUGUUUCUUUUUACAGCACCUGUGGAAUGAAUGCUCCUGAAAAUGCCUUGUUCAGUGCAACUUUAAACUCUGGGGCAAUUUUAUUACUUGUGUUCUGCAUCUUUCAACACGCUCACAUAAUCAAGAAGAACAAUGACAACGUCACGCUCAGCAGAAUUGGACUGGCAGUCGGAUGUCUGUCUUCGUUUGGAGCCUUUAUUACUGGAAACUGCAAUCCUGGGACUCUCAUGGUACUUCAUUACGUGGGUGCUGCAUUGUGCUUUGUGAGCACCUGUCUUUAUACUCUAAUCAUGAGUAUUUUGACAUACCGCUGCUUUGUAACAGGACUGGAGUAUAUUCUUGCUCCAAUAAGGACUAUAUCGACCGCCAUUCAAAUUACAGCCACCAUCUUCUAUAUAGUUUUUUUCCCACAGGAAACCUAUGACUACCAGCAUAUUUCUGCCAUUUUUGAAUGGAUUUUGGCCACAAAUAUUCAACUAUUUGAACUAAGCUUUGUGGUUGAAUUUUAUUAUUUUUCUGCUUCCAUGUUGUCUGUGUUAAUAUCCAAAGAUGAGGAGGAAACAUCAUUAAUAAUGUCGUGAUGUGGCAGGAGAUUAGCUAGUUAAUAAAUUAAUUAUUAUAUAGUGUAAUCAAAUCUUAAGUCUAUUGUUGAUAUUGUAUAUACUUUCAUGUUGGUAAAUGCUAUGUUUUUGUUGUCUUGUUUUCACUGUUUAGUAUUUUAGUAUAAUAUUUUUCUGAUACCACAAGUUAUUUAGCUUUGCUUUGGGCAUUUGCAUGUUGUUUUUUAAAUUUGUUCAACAUUAAAAAAUAUAUAAUAUAAAGCAAAUAAAAGCAUCCAAGAACCACCUCAAAAUAUGUAGAUUAGUACUGCCAGGACUCUCUAUGGGUAGCCAUGGAACAACAAACAUAACACAGAGGUAAAUUAGUAGCUCGGAAAACUGUCCGGAGCAUCUAAUUCAUUCAAUAAAACAUUACCUUUAUAUUCCAUAAAUGCACUGCAUGAAAAUAUAAACCACAUUCACACAGACAACAAGAUUAGUAACAACAACAAAUGCAAGCCAAGGAAUUACAAAUCAUGCUGCCAAAAUGAAAAUAUAAAAGGUCUUCUACCUUGUAACUGGUCAUUUUAUAAAAACGCUCCGACCUGAUUCAGUGGAAACAAUUUCAGCAUCAUAUAUAAUAUUAACCUGAAGAAAUUGAAAAAUACCAAAUUUAGGAAGACUAGACUGUGCUUUUUAUAUGCUCUCUGCAAGUCAGCUACAUGGUUAGUGGCCUGUGUUUUCAGGGUGUCACAGUUGGGGCUGGCUGUUAAAGACCCUAAACCUAAAAUGUCACACCUAAUUUCCCCUUUUGAAGGAUUUCUGCUUGAUAGGUCUGGACCUAACUACCAGUGGAAACGUUAAUUGUUAACAAGAAAGGAUGCACACACUUGAGCAGGGCACCACUGCACUGUGAAUUUUAGGGUGUGCUUCACUGUGCCGUAAAGAUUCUGUGAACCUAUUCUAGGCAGUUAACUAUUACAAUGGUCAAGAGCCAGACUGUUCCUGUCUUGUGAACCCAGACCAGGGCAGAUAUCUGUUCAGUCAUAGUACUCUGUUUUAGUGCUUUGCUUUUCAUUCUUAGGUCUGAUUAGGAUUAUAUAUGAUUCUUGUUGCUUGGUAAUCACUAAGUUGUGUACUGAAAGAGUAAAGCCCAGAGUUCUAUUCAGACUGUUCUUUUGUGUACUGGCUGUGUGCAGUACAGGCCAUGAAAAACAUAUCCGUGACAUCAGCAGAAAUCAUGAAGAACAGAAACAGUCAAGCUUGCAUUCAGGAAACAUGCUGCAUUUUCUUUUACCAUCUUCAUAAUAAAUAUUUAUGAAUGUGUGUAAGUGACCAAAGUGUUAUUUAAUGUAUUUUACAAUAUCAUGAAAUAUGAUCUUUCUAAAAAAAAAAAAAAAAAAAAAAUGCUGUUUUGUGUGGGUCUCCAAAUGAAUGAAGACCCCAAAAUGAGAUCAAAUAAAAUAAUGUAUUAAUUCUCUGCAGUGACACCGUAAACUGAUAGCUGCUGAUUUACUUCAUACUGAAUAGGGAGGGGAAAAUAUCUGAAAUAAAAAUACAUUUAUAUUUUCUAGUUAUACACGUUAAACACUUACUUCAAUGUCAUAAUAAACUAACAACCUAUCAUAUCUAUUGUGCUUCCUGUUUCCUGUCAGCCGCUGGUAUCCAUGUACAGUAGGCAUAGCAAUUUAAACAAGAUCUGGCCUUGCAGGGUGUGAGUCAUUUCUAUUGCAUAACUGGGAGGAUCCCAACCUGUGGUCUGAGAAAAUUCCCUAAAUUAGGCUGCAAAUAUCCACUCACACCCACAGGCAAUCAAUCCACUAAAACAAACUCUCUGGCUUAACCAACCUAGUUUCUAUUAAUGUAUCUAAUCCAAAUAUUAUGAAAUAUUUCUCAUGCUAUAAUUAACCAAUCACUGCUAAAAUUUAGCCACAUUAAAUUAAAAAAGGGAGUCAAAUGUAAGUGGUCUUUGCUGUUUUCAGAAACCUGUACUGUAUAUUUCUUUUCAUUCUGUGUCACUCCAUAUAUUGUUGUUUGUCAAUGCACUACAGUAUAUAAAAUGAUUGAAUAACCUUGUCUGAGAAAAUGUUAUUUUUUUAUUAGUUCAGUACUGUAAUUAAUAGCUUGUUUAAGUACACUGACAGAUUUCAGUUGUCAGAAAUUGAGGGUCGACAUUUAAACUGGAAAGGUGCAGAUGCCCUCUUCUUGGGUAGAACUAUCAAGUAGACAAAUGUUUUGGCUAAAUUAUACUUCAAAUAUAUUUUACGCAUAGCUUCCAAAACACUGAUGUAGUUUGUCUACUUACACUUUACCUCAGAAUUAUAAUUGACACUAAGGAUCGAGUUAUAAGUACAACUAAGCUCCAAAGAUGUCAAUAAAAAUAUUUUAAAAAUAUGAUGGGGAAGUGCAAAUUAUCUGUGAACUGUAAAGCAUGUUAGCUGAAUCUGAAUUAUUUGUAAUAUGGUCCCAGAGCUGGCUUGUUACUAUCACAGCAUUAAUGAUAGUGAAAUGGCAAGAGUGACUUUCAAUGGCUUCAGAAAGUAGCGGGGUUCUGAAAAAUAUAAUUUGUACAUCCCCACAUGUUGCUACAACUGUUGAGAUAACGCACCUGUAAUUUUUCUUUUCAUUGUUAACAUCCUGACAACUUUGUACACUUAUAACUUUAAAGUCUGUUUCAAAGCAGGAGGAGCAAUUAAAAAAACAAACAUAAGAAAUACUCUGGCUUUUCUGUUCUGUACCACAUCACGGAUCAUUAUUGCUGUGUUACCUUUUUGAUAAUGUGGGCAAAAUAAUCCUUACACUAUCAGUGCACUAGAGCGGCCAUUUUGAAACAGACUUUAAAGUUAUAAGUGUAAAAAGUUGUCAGGACGUUAACAAUGAAAAGAAAAAUUACAGGUACAUUAUUAAAACAGUUGUAACAAUACAUAGGGCCGUGUAACGCUAUAUUAUUCUGAACCCUGCUACUUACUCUUUAAAGCUGGUAGCAUUAGGUAGUCCAACAUUAGUGCUAAUAGGGGUCUGUGAAACCAUUAAUAUAUGAAUGUCCAUGUGAGAUUCUUUUUUUAGUCUGCUUGGUGUAUGAACUGUAGCCUGGUGUGAGCUGAAAAGAACAAAGGGAUCAGGCAAGGCAACUAGAAUACUACUGUUUGUUUUUGUGUUGUAAGAAAAAUAAAAUCUUGUGAUCUUG